AUGGCGGCGUCGUACGAUCAGCUGGCUCACCAGGUGGAGGCGCUGCGCCAGGAGAACUCCCACCUGCGGAGGGAGCUCAAGGACAACUGCCAACACCUGAACAAACUCGAGACCGAGACGUUCAGCAUGAAGGAGGUGCUGAAGCAGCUGCAGUACAAACUGGAGCAGGAAGCCGUGACUUUGGCCUCGUCGGGAAGAAGCGACGUCCUGCAUCAACUCAAAGAGCUGCACAUGGACCUGACCAACUACUACGAGCUCAAGCACCAGCCUCACAACCUGCGCGCUCUGGGGGCGGGGCUAGAGCUGGGGGCGGGGUUCGGAGGGGCGGGGCUAGAGCUGGCCCUGCCCGCCCCCUCCGCCUGCCCCGCCCUGUCGUCGCGGAAACCCCCCGACGACGACCUCAUCCUGCCGCAUCACUUCCUGGACGGAGCCCCGCCCAAAAUCGCUCUGAUGGGCGGAGCCGACGGCAGAGCGAGCGAGCGCCUGGACGAGCUCUACAAGGAGAGGGACCUGCUCCUGGGGCAGAUGGAUCAGGAGGAGAGGGAGCGCUGCUGGUUUUUCUCUCAACUCGAGGCUCUGACCCAGAGACUGGCCCAACUGCCCCGGAUCGACACCUUCUCGCUGCAGAUGGAUCAGAUCCGGCACCAGUUGGAGUUCGAGGUGCAGCAGGUUCGUUCUGUGAUGGAAGAACGAUUCGGGACCCAAGACCAGAUGGUCCAACGCACCCAGCUGCGAGUGUCUCGUCUGGAGCAGCUGGAGAGAGAACUGCAGGAGGCCCGAGGAGCUCAGGAGACACAACUACAGUUGUCUGGAGCAGAGAGGCCCCCUGCUGGUGAACCAGAGAACAACAGCUCCACAGCAGCUGCAGCUGAAGCUCCAGACGGAGGAAGCAAGAUGGAGAUGGUCUUCUGGCUCCUCUCCAUGUUGGCCAAUCGGGACAAAGAGGAGAUGUCCCGGACUCUGCUGGCUCUGUCCAGCUCCCAGGACAGCUGCGUCGCCAUGAGGAAGUCUGGAUGUGUCCCUCUGCUGGUCCAGAUCCUGCACGAGUCCCAGGCCGACGCCAAGAACGACGCCAAGACCCUGGACAAGGCGUCGUGCAGCAGAGAGGCUCGCUCCAGAGCCGCCGCUGCUCUUCACAACAUCAUCUUCUCCCAGAGCGACGAAGGUCAGGGCCGCAGGGAGAUGAGGGUCCUGCAGGUGCUGGAGCAGAUCCGGACCUACUGCGAGACCGGCUGGGACUGGAUCGAGAGCCACGCCCACACGCCGUCUCCGGGGGCAACGCUCUGCACAGAUGUCCCGGAGCCCGUGGACCCUCAGAUCUGCCAGGCCGUCUGCGCCAUCAUGAAGCUGUCGUUCGAGGAGGAGUAUCGACGCGCCAUGAACGAACUCGGCGGCCUGCAGGUGGUGGCCGACCUGAUCCACCUGGAGAACGAGAUGUACGGGACGCAGAACGACCCCAUCAACAUGGCCCUGAGACGCUACGCCGGCAUGACCCUCACCAACCUCACCUUCGGAGACGUCGUCAACAAGGCGACGCUGUGUUCUCGGAGGAGUUGUCUUCAGGCCCUGGUGGCUCAGCUGGGCUCGGACAGUGAGGAGCUGCACCAGGUCGUGUCGUCCGUCCUCAGGAACCUUUCGUGGCGAGCGGACAUCAGCAGUAAACGUGUUCUCCGGGACAUCCGCUGUGUGUCUGCGCUCAUGACCUGCGCGCUCCAGGCCACCAAGGAGUCGACGUUGAAGAGUUUGCUGAGCGCUUUGUGGAACCUUUCCGCUCACAGCAUCGAUAACAAAGCGUCCAUCUGCUCGGUGGAGGGAGCGCUGGGCUUCCUGGUGAGCACGCUGACCUACCGCUGCCAGACCAACUCUCUGGCCAUCAUCGAGAGCGGAGGAGGCAUCCUGAGGAACGUGUCCAGCCUCAUCGCCACCAGAGACGACUACAGACAAGUCCUGCGUGACCACAGCUGCCUGCAGACUCUGCUCCAGCACCUGCGCUCCCACAGCUUAACCAUCGUGGGAAACGCCUGCGGGACCCUGUGGAACCUCUCCGCCCGCAGCCCCAAAGACCAGGAGCUGCUCUGGGACAUGGGCGCCGUCAGCAUGCUCCGAAACCUCAUCCACUCCAAGCACAAGAUGAUCGCCAUGGGCAGCGCCGCGGCCCUGAGGAACCUGCUCACCAACCGGCCGCUCAAAUACAAAGAUACGGCCGUGGUGUCGCCCGGAUCCUGCAUGCCGUCGCUUUACAUGAGGAAACAGAAAGCUCUGGAGGCCGAGCUGGACGCCAAACACUUAGCGGAGACUUUCGACACGAUAGAAAAGCAAAGCCCGAAACACCUGGCUCUUCACAAACCGCUGCGCCACAUCGAAAGUCUCGCCAAGGACUACGCCUCGGACUCCGGCUGCUUCGACGACGACGAAGGGCCCAACAUGUCCAGCAGUUUGGAGACCGGAAGCUUCUCGAUGCUGUCGAUGUUCCUCUCCAAUUCGAAUCUGAUCCAAAACCAAGCGCAAAAGCAAAACAACAAACCGGAGAGAGACGUGGAACCGCCGCAAAAAAUCCGACAAAUCGCCCCCGCGGAAGACGAUGUCGUGUCAGCCGCGGCGGAGAAGUUGGCGAAGAAAAUCACGAACACCGUCGCGAAAAUUGACAGAUUGGUUGACGAUAUCACCAUGCAUACUUCGUCAGAGGAUAGUUUGAGUCUCAGCUCCGAAGAUCACCUCGCGGACUGGCCGUACAGCAUGGACGAGUUAAACGAAGGCCGAGCGAUGUCCUGUUCGCCGUGCCGUUUUUCCGAUACGAGCAGUUUGGUGCAACGAGAUCGCUUCAGCCGUGCGCACGCACUUUUACGGCUCAAGGCGGCGCACUCGAGCGUCUCCACGGACAGUCUGAACAGCGGCAGCAGCGACGGGUAUUGCGGGAGUAAAGAUCAGAUUCAACCUGUCGCGCCGAGACCCGUCGUAAUCCAACAGCAACGACCGAACCAACUCGACCUGAAGGUGGCGCACGAUCAGCUGCUAAACAUGAUCAACGCCGUUCAAAACGAAACAACCGAACAAGAGAUACCAGAGAGAGACACGAUGGGAAACGAAGAAAUUAAAACGCAAGAUUUUAAUUUAACCGAAGCGGAGAAAAACCAAGAGCAGCCGGUUCAAACUCCCGUCAGCGCGUCAACAAAAAUGUCCUCCGAUGUCAGCAUGACCUCCAUAAAGCUGUCGCCGUCGUAUCAACAAGUCCCGCUCAUCCAGAGUGUGGCGAAAUUCGGCGUCGCGAAAACGACCAUAAACGUCCAAGCGGCUCAGGCCAUGCGCAGACAAGCCUGGGUGCCGACGGCGAUGACGGGAGGGAGCAUGACCAAGUUUUCGCCAAUGACGUCAACGAGAAGUCCCACGAUAGGCCCCAUGGAGACCGUUCAGAAAUACUCCGUCGAGAAUACGCCGAUUUGCUUCUCGCGCUGUAGUUCGCUGUCCUCGCUUUCGUCGGGCGAAGGGGACGGCGUCGGAGCGCUGGACGUGCAAAGCGAAAACGAGCUCGACAGCGAUUCGUCACUGGAGAUUAUCGAAGUCGAGGACGGAGAGGUGCUGAAAAACGCGGAAGAAGACGAGACUUUGGAGGAUCUGAGCGACAGCCAGCUGCUCGUGACCGAUUCCAAAACGUUCCCAAGCAAAGAAACGGUUCCGAUCGCGAUUCCGUGUCCGGCGAAAAGGGAGAAAGUGUUCCUCCGUGGCUCGCAAAAUACGAUACUCGAGGAUAGGUCUCCGUCGAGCUCGUCCGAAAAUUACAUCCACGAGACGCCGCUGGUGAUGAGCAGGUGCAGUUCCGUGAGUUCAUUAGGGAGUUUCGAAUCUCCGUCCAUCGCGAGUUCCAUUCAGAGCGAUCCCUGCAGCGAGAUGAUCGACGGUACGAUAAGCCCGAGCGAUUUACCAGACAGUCCCGGUCAAACUAUGCCGCCAAGUCGCAGCAAAACGCCGUGUUACGGUGAGCAAAACGUGCCCGAAAUGCAGCCGAUGGGUCAGUGGGAAACGAGCAUAAGAAAGUUCAUGGAAAUCACAGAUUCGAAAGAAAGAUUCAACCCGUCGGAUCUAGAUGCGAUGAUUUACUUUACCGUGGAGAAACCGACCGAAAAUUUCUCGUGUGCGUCGAGUUUGAGCGCGUUACCGUUGCACGAACACUACAUUCAGAAAGACGUGGAGCUGAAACUAACGCCACUGCUUCAAAAUGAUAAAAACGCUUGCUACGAAGAGGAAGAGCCCGGGCAAAACGAGCGAUACAGUGAAGGAAACUCGGAUGACGAUAUCGAAAUACUAAAAGAAUGCAUCAACUCCGCGAUGCCGUCCAGGUUUAGAAAAUUAAGACCGUCUUUAAUGACCGUCCCGCCGCACAUGCUCAACCCGCAGAUGAGAAAACAAAUGCAGCUUCCCGUUUACAUGCUGCCGAACGGAAAAACGCAAAUGUACCACGGGAGACGCAUCGUAAUGCCGCAAAAAGACAAAUUCGAAGAUUCCGAUUCGGCUGAAAACACGGCGGUGAAUUUCUCCAGCACGACUUCACUCAGCGACGAAACUUUGCAGUAUUCGGUGAAAGAGAGAGGCGCCAAAGAGUGCACGGCGAAAGGUCUGAAGCAAGAACCGAUGGACGACGACGCGAAACGAAUUGAGGAUUUGAGGAUUUUCUCGCAUUUUCACAAACCGAACAGAGCGAGCUACCAACCGGACAUACAGCUUACGAGGAUGAGCAAACACGUGGUGCCGACGCAAAGGGUUCUGAUGCAAAGUAAAGAGGUAGCGGACAGAGUGGCCAGUCAACGAAACCUGUCGCCGAUUCAGCAACGAAAAAUGCAAGUGAGAAAGAUGGAGCUUCCCGUAAUCAAACACAACUCUGAAAGUAACUUGAACCUGCGAUGCCAAAGCGAACGCACGUACCAUCACAAGCGCAACUCGUCAGAGGAUAGUAACAGCUUUUACGACGACAAAGAACUCGCGAAACGGCCAACGAGAAAGCAGCUGAGGGAGGCGAGCAGGAACACGCUGUCCAAGAGUAUGACCAACAUCGGACGCAUUGAAAAUUCGCAAAAAGCAAGAGGUUUUCAUCGGAUCAAACAGAAUCUGAUCAAAGACGAGUCCGCGGGAUGCUACUCUCUCAGCUCGUCGCUCAGCUCCCUCAGCGACGCCGAGUUUGAAGAUCACAAAGCCAAAGCGCAGCAAGUGUGGUUUAAGAAUCGACACAACAAAAACAUGACGCAGCACAGCAAAUCGAUGCUGAUCCACAGCCCGUACGAAGAACAGAGCUCGCCCAGUUCGGUGAGUCUGGACUCGGAGGACGAUCUGCUGCAACGGUGCAUCACGUCCGCCAUGCCGAAGCAGCGACGCAAAAUGUCCGCGAGGAAAAAGAAGGCGGAGAAGCAGAGGCAGAGGUCCGCGGACGUGUGGAGCAUCGACGAGGAGCUGGACAGCGACGACAUGGCGUGGGACAAAGAAUCCGAUCUGAACAGCGUGGAAUGGAGGGCGAUACAGGAAGGCGCGAAUUCGGUCGUGACGGGGCUCCAGGCGUCGAAAUCCCAAGAGCCGUCGUCGGAGGAAACGGAGUCGGUGCUUUCGUUUAUGUCUACGUCGAGUUUCACGCCAAAAGAGAGGAAGUUCGCGAAAGAAAAGAAGCCGAACAAACCGCUUGAUUUCGCGCAACGUAAACCCGUGCCGAAUUUCCCGGUGGUGUUCCGAGGUCGAACGGUGAUCUAUACGCCUAAAAAGGAAGACCCGCCCUCGCAAAGACCUCCUCCUAGAAAAAACGAUUCAGACGCGCCCAAAAAUCCAGAACUAGCUCAGCACCGGUCUAAAAGUUUACACAGACUUGGAAGACCUCAAGAUACAGAGUGGUCUUUGCCGAAACGCAGUUCAACUCCGCCGCCGAGAAUUCCGAAAAGCACCUCUUCAGGAUCUUCUUCGAGCUCCACGCCUUCCAAAACGCCGCCGAAAAAGGUCACGUCGCCAGUUCAGAUGAAUAAACCGAUUCAAAAGAAGAACUCCUCGCCGAGCAUCAGUCCUCCCGCGACGAGCCCGCCAGAAAGACGGGGGCGCUCUCCGGUCGUGAACCAAAAUGAAAAGUCUCCACCGCCCAAAACGCAAAAAUCACCCGUUCGGAUUCCGUUUAUGCAAGCGGGAAGACAACCACGCCCCCUUUCUCCGCUCGUGACCAAUCAGACGAUGACGAGACAGAAUAAUAACAAUAAUCAAAUGAGCACGAGGAGGCCGCCAAAUCGGUUUGACCUGAUGAGGAUGUCAUCGGCGCAUUCGAGCGGCGGAGAAUCGGACCGAAACGGGUUCAUGAGGCAGCUGACGUUUAUCAAAGACUCAAAGACGGGAAUCAGGCGAGACGGAUCCGGUAGGAACACUCCCGGGUCUCAAAACGGCUCCCCUCGUAGGGCGGCGCCAGCGACCGCUGUGUUCCUCUGCUCGUCGCGAUGCCAGGAGCUAAAAGUCGCAGUCCAGCCUCCGAAAAGGAUUCCAUCGAAGUCGAGCGAACCGACAAAGACCGCGCCGCCCAAAGAGCAGCAAGUCCAAAAGCAAAACCCGACAAUUGAGAGGAAAACCGUGAAUUCUCGUGCGAUUUCAAGUGAAAGAGACGUCGCGACAAGACGUACGGCGCGGAGAACCAGUUCCGAAAGCCCGUGUAGAGCCGCGCAGCGCAACACUACGAACAAAAUGAACAACAAUCGCGUCAAACCGCAGCAAGAAACCGACACAUUUAAGAGGCACGCUUCGUCUCCGAGUAUUAACCUCCUGAGUCGCGUCACCAGCCGGUCCUCCCUGCGCUCCUCCUCUUCCGACUCCAGCGGAAGAGCCAAAAGCGAACGCGACGAUACGAAAAAGAAAGGCGGCAAAACGCGUAAAAGCGACAGCAGAGUAACGUGGCGGCGGAUUCGCGACGAAGACGUGCCUCAGAUUCUGAAAAGCACGCUGCCGGAGAACGCGUUGCCGCUCGUGCCUUCCCCCGUCGAGGAAAAGGCGAAACUCCCGACGCUGGGGAAGCUGCCGACGAUUUUACUGGAGUCGCGAAAAACGAGCGACGCCACGGUCCAAACCGAAGACGUCAACAGCCACAAAACCAACUCGUGCACUUCGCCGAUGGUCGACAAAGCUCCCAAAAACUCGGAAGACAAAUUCAGCAAGAAGGACGGAGAUUUCGAAGCAUCGCAAAUGCCGCAAACGCAAGGGGCGGUGCAUUUUCGCCAAGGGUCUCCGAGCAAAUCCGCGAGAGUGACGCCGUUUAACUACGUCCCCAGUCCCAUCGUGGUCCAUGAAACAAUCAGCGAGAAAACGGAGGAGAAAACUGAAUCGUAG